AUGAGAUUAAUUACAGUAGCAACUUGUAAUUUAAAUCAAUGGGCAUUAGAUUUUAAAGGCAAUCUAGAAAGAAUCAUAGAAUCUAUUAAAAUUGCAAAAUCUAAAGGAGCAAUAUAUAGAUUAGGACCAGAAUUAGAGAUACCAGGAUAUGGAUGUGAAGAUCAUUUCUAUGAACAAGAUACAAUGUUGCACAGUUGGCAAUCAUUGAUGGCACUGUUAAAGGACCCCGAGUUGACAAGAGACAUUAUUGUAGAUGUUGGUAUGCCAGUGUUGCACAAGAAUGUUCGAUACAACUGCCGAGUCAUUCUCAGCGAUCAAAGGAUCGUGAUGAUUUGCCCCAAAAAGGCAUUGGCAAUGGACGGCAACUAUAGAGAAAACAGAUGGUUUACACCGUGGUUAAAGUCCCGUACCACCGAGAUCUUUCCACUACCAAAGGUGAUUGCCGACAUUGUUGGACAGACAACGUGUGUGAUUGGAGAUGCUAUUAUCGCGACUCGUGACACUGCCAUUGCCAAUGAAACGUGCGAGGAGCUUUUCCUACCCAACAGCCCACACAUAGAGAUGGGAUUGGAUGGUGUCGAGAUGAUUGCUAAUGGUAGUGGUUCACAUCACCAACUGCGCAAGUUAAAGCAACGUGUCGAUUUGAUUACAUCAGCAACAAGCAAGAGUGGAGGUAUCUAUCUAUAUGCCAAUCAGCAAGGAUGUGAUGGUGGACGUCUCUACUUUGACGGAUGUUGUAUGAUCAUGGUCAAUGGUGAGUGUGUUGCACAAGGUAGUCAAUUCUCUUUGGUCGAUGUAGAGGUGAUCACUGCAACCAUCGAUUUGGAUGAAGUGCGCAGUGCACGUGCAUCGUUUAUGAGUCGUUGUGCUCAGGCAACUCUUACCAAAGAAUUUCCCCGUGUACUAUGUGACCAACACUUGACCACAUACAAGGGAUCAGCUUCACAACCCAUCCCCAUAAAGUACAUCACCCCAGCCGAAGAGAUUGGAUUUGGACCAGCAUGUUGGUUGUGGGACUACCUCCGUCGUAGUGGAUUGGGUGGUUACUUUUUGCCAUUGAGUGGUGGUGCAGACAGUGCAGCCACAGCAGCCAUUGUCGCCAUCAUGUGUCAAUUGGUUGUGUUGGAUGCUGGCAAGGGUAACCGACAAGUGAUUGCCGAUGCACAAAGAAUUGCAGGUGCCGGUCCAGACUAUAUCCCCACCAAUGCCAAGGAAUUUGCCAGUCGUAUCUUUUACACUGCCUAUCUAGGUACAAAGAACAGCUCAGACGAGACUAGAAAGCGUGCUGCCGAGAUUGCAGCCGACGUUGGUGCCGUCCACAAAGAAGUUGAUAUUGAAGAAGUGACUACAGCCUUUGGAAGCAUGUUUGGACAGGUAUCCAAGAACCAACCACGUUUCAAGGUACAUGGUGGAAGCAAUCGUGAGAAUCUAGCACUCCAAAACGUCCAAGCACGUAGUAGAAUGGUUGCAUCUUAUCAUUUGGCAUCACUCUUGCUUUGGGAUCAUGGAAGAGAAGGCAGUCUACUCGUGUUGGGUAGUGCCAAUUGUGACGAGUCACUUCGUGGAUACAUGACAAAGUAUGAUUGUUCAUCGGCCGACAUUAAUCCAAUUGGAGGUAUUAGCAAGAAUGAUCUUAGAAUCUUUAUAGAAUGGGCAUCACGCGAAAGAAAUAUUCCAUCGAUUGCCCAAGUACUCACAGCCACACCAACCGCCGAACUCGAACCAGUCACCAAGGAAUAUGUACAAUCUGACGAGGCCGACAUGGGUAUGACCUAUGACGAGUUGUCAGUGUUUGGUAAACUUCGCAAGAUUCACAAGUGCGGACCAGUAUCCAUGUAUGAACGUUUGGUCAGUGAAUGGAGUCAUCUAGAACCACCAAAAGUAGCCGAAAAGGUCAAACGAUUCUUUUACUACUAUUCCAUCAAUCGUCACAAAAUGACAACCAUCACUCCUUCGUACCAUGCCGAAGCCUAUUCACCAGAUGACAAUCGUUAUGAUCACCGUCCCUUUUUAUACAAUACAAAGUGGGAUACCCAAUUUGCUCUCAUUGAUGAAUUGGUUCAACGUUGGAAAUCAAAUCAAUUAAAAGAAAAUUCAGAUUCCGACUCUGAUCCCUCUCAUACAAAUCUUACUCCUCCAGUUAUGCCUCUUGGUUCAAGUACUGGUACUUUAAUUGAUAGACAUUUAUAA